CCUAGAGAGAGAAAGAAAGAGAAAGAGUGAGUGAUGAAAGGAGGAGGAGAAAGUAGGGGUGAAGAAGCAGAAAAGGAGGAAAAUUUGGGUUUGGGGGAAAAGUUGGCAAGAAGGAGAAGGGUAUUGAUUAGAAAAAGCAGCAGAGGUGGCCCAUCCACUCCAGUGUUGUCCUCAUGGAGUCUCUACCCUUUUGGCCAGGAACAACAACACCAACCCAUCAUUGAAGACGCUCUCUUAACUGCUGCUACUGAUCACACUUGUGUCUCUGCUAGAAAGCUGGGAGCUGCUCUUUGGGAGUUUCAGAACUACUUCCCACUCUCAAAGAUGCACAGAGGCAAUGGUGUUCCUCCACCGCCUAGGCAGCAGCGCCGCCACCACCACCUCGGCAAGGACAAGGGCACUCUUGACCUUUCCAACUUUUUGGCUGAUAAUUGUCCCAGUUCUCCUGACCAGCCAGCAAGUGCAAGCAGUUUAACGAGGCAUAUAGCUGCGUCACUGAUGCAACAUCACCGAUCAAUUGGAAGGAAUAACAAUCACCUUUUACAACCUGUAUCUCCUGCAAGCUAUGGUAGUUCAAUGGAGGUGGCACCUUAUAACCCUGCAGUUACUCCCACCAGUUCUUUAGACUUUAAGGGAAGAAUUGGUGAGUCCCAUUAUAAUCUCAAAACAUCAACAGAAUUGCUGAAAGUCUUGAACCGGAUUUGGAGUUUGGAGGAACAGCAUACAUCCAAUAUAGCACUGAUAAAAGCACUGAAAGCAGAGUUGGAUCAUGCCCGUGUCAAGAUCAAAGAUUUGGUUCGGGUACGACAAGCUGAUAGACAUGAGCUAGACAAUUUGAUGAAGCAAAUUGGAGAAGAUAAACUAGUUAGGAAGAGCAAAGAACAGGAUCGGAUUCAUGCUGCAGUUCGGUCUGUGAGGGAUGAACUAGAAGAUGAGAGAAGGUUAAGAAAACGAUCAGAAAGCCUACACAGAAAGUUAGCGCGAGACCUCUCUGAGGUGAAAUCUUCUCUUUCCAAUUCCCUGAGAGAGCUUGAAAGUGAGAGGAAAUCGAGGAAGUUGUUGGAAGACCUAUGUGAUGAGUUUGCUAAAGGCAUAAAAGACUAUGAACAAGAGGUGCAUUUUUUGAAACAGAAAUCUGACAAGGAUCGGACUGGAAACUCUGACCGUGAUCGGUUGAUUCUGCAUGUAUCUGAAUCAUGGCUGGAUGAACGGAUGCAGAUGCAGCUAGAACAAACUGAGUGUGGUCUUCCAGAGAGGAAUUCAGUAGUGGACAAACUAAGCCUUGAAAUAGAGACUUUCCUUCGAGCUAAACAUAUGAAUAACACUCUUAAGAAUACUGAAAGUCUGUUGCCAAGGGAUCGUCGAAAGAAUUCAAUGGAAUCUUUUCCGAUUAAUGAGGUUGUGAGUGCCCCUCAAGAUGCAGGUGAUGAAGAAGAUUCUUUAGGCAGUGACUCACAUUGUUUCGAGCUCAAUAAACCGAGCAACAGUGACUUCAAAUUGCAAGUGGAGGAAGCUGUAGAGAAUGGUAUUGAUGAAAAGGUGAAGUCAGAUCACUCGAAGAAAAAACCUGCCUCUUCUGACAGAGUAAGAAGCCGCACUCCAUCUAGCUUGCAAGUUAAGUUUGAAGAACAGAUGGCUUGGGCCUUGUCAUCUAGUGAAAAUAUGAAAUCCCAAGUGGUAAAUUCAGAGCAGGGGAAAGCUGAAGAAGUGAAGCAAACUGAAAUAAGCAUGUCUCAAAAAUCUGAACAUUGUGAAGCCACAGAAGAUGAAACUUACAAAAAGGGCAAUAAACAAGAUGAAAGACAUGGUUCUAAUCCGAAUUACAUGGCUGAAAACCAUAUCAGAAAUCAACUUCUGAUAUCAGAUGGUGGGCAUGUACUUCCUGAAAAUAAUUUGAACGAGGCUUCUUGCAGUAAUACUGGAUGGAGGAAUCAGGCAAGUCCAGUACGACAAUGGAUGGCAAAACUAACCUCACCAGCUCUCGACAUAUCUGAUUCUUCUUCCAAGUUGCCUCUGCGGAAAAGGGAAAAUACCUUGAAGGCAAAGCUCCUUGAAGCAAGGUCUAAAGGACAACGUUCAACACGAACAAAAGCUUUCAAAAGUACCUCUUAAGCUUCUUUGAAACUGUAAGCAUUAACGCCACUCUGAAAGGGCCCUGCUGGUUGGUGAUUGUUGCUUAUUGUGGAUAUUGACAUGGUAUUCUCUGAAAAUGCACAUCUCUGUCUCUCUGGUGAGUUCAAAAGAGAAGCUGUAAUCUGUAAUUCUGUAUACCAGUGUAAUGUUAUAUAUUGCUACAAAGCCUACAGAAAUCAUAAGAAGUUGAAGAACAACAGUUUUGGGUUAUGAUUUCUGAGAUGUAAAUGCAAACUUAGUUCCACAUAGAUUUGCGACAACCUUAAGAUGGAUUUAUGUUUUGUCACAUACUCACCUUCACAUCAGCUUAAUAUUAUUUAACUAAUUUCACUUUUAUUUUCC